AUGUGUGAAAAUGAAGACCGAGAAAAAUUAUCCGUUGUUUCUUUACCUAUUUCCGACCAGUCCUCAUCAAAUCCGAAAACAAAAAUUAUUGCACUUUUAAAAAACAAACUUAAUAGUAUUCAGCUGCAUUAUCAUGAGUUUCUUGCGGAACUCACCUACCUGCAAAGCGGUGGGUUGCUUACUGACUUCGACUCCUGGCGGCGGAAGCGACCACAGGAACUUAUGCAUGCCCUCUGUUCUGGCCACCUUGAUUCUGAGGAUCUCAACAAAAUCAGCGAUUUUAUGUCGGGCAAUUUGCAAAUGCAUGAAAUGUUUCCUGUUGAAGUUAGCACAACACAAGUCGAUGAUGUUGACGAAGAGUCAGACGACGAUAUUGACGGAAUAUUGGACGAAACACUAAUCCCUGUAGUAGUUCGAAGGGAGGUAGAAACUCUCAAACGUGUUCUCGAGUUCAAACGGUUGGGUUUGUGGUCCAGAGAUGCAGCCUCGUUAUUUGCUGAUGAUAAACAAAAGUCAUCCGAUAAUAAGCCAUCGCUUUCAUCAUUGGCGGCGCCACCCGAGUUAACACGUCCAAAAGAUCAUUUGGAUUAUUUGUUUGCUGAGUUACGGUGGCUUGCUGAGGAUUUUAAAAAGGAGAGACAUUGGAAAAAGGUUUCUGCCAAAAAACUUGCUUAUGCUGCCCUCAAAGUCUUUAAGGAAAAGGCCGAGCGUUCACAAAAGGCAGAACGAGAGGAAAUAGCUCGGAUUCGAAAACAAUGUAGUCUUAUCGCUCGUAUGGUGCGUGAUUGGUGGCGACAGAUGGAUAAAAUCGUCCAAACGAAACAGAAAGCCCGUUUAACGGCCCGACACCAACAGGCCAUGUCGACGCACCUGGGUCACGUGAUCGAAACCACUGAGCGGUACACCUUAUGGCUUACGGAGGGAAUCACGGGCGCCAAGAAGCCCCAACAACCUACUACAGCAAAUUCCGAUACAGAAUCGGAGUUUCCUGAUAAGGGAUUGAUGGAGGGUGAUACUCCAAAAAAGAACACAUCUGUUGAAGAUUCAGAUGUUGAGUUUGAGGCGGAAAUCGAAAACUCUAGUGAUGAUGAAGAAACCAUAGCCAAGGAGGAGGAGAUGGCUCGUCAGGAGGUGGGAUCUUUGCAAAACGAAUCCGAUGAGAUUGCUGCUCUCUGCGCCGAAGCCGAGGCCUCUAUCGAUGAGCUCCUCCCGCCUGGCUACCUCGAACACCUUCAGGGAUUGGCAGCGCAUGUAAAGGAGGAAGAAAAUGAUCGCGGUACUGAUCCGUCCCCUAUGAGGGUGCCCAAUGAAGAUGGUUUUAAACAAGAGUCCCCUGAACAUGCUGAUCGAAGGCCUCUAAGGAAAAAGCGACGCCUCGAUAGUACAUUGAAUACCUCAACCGAAAAGACCGCUCUAAACGCAGAAUCUGAAGCUCCUGAAAACUAUGACAAAAAGCCCUUAACCAUGAAAACUAAGGAGGUCAGCGAACUGAAGGCCGAGGCUGACAUGUCAAUCAACGAACUCUUGGCUCGCUAUGGACUGGGUCCAGAACAGCUAGGGAACUGGAAGGGGCAGCAGGAUGUCUCGGAGUCUUCUGCAGGCGCAACCUCCACAGGUAGCGAUUCGGCAUCGGACACUGAAGGUAGCGACACUUCUUCAACCAAAGGAUCCCUUUCGGCUGAAACCGAUAAGGAUGAGGUGGAAGAACUUGGAAUACAGGAGCUUCUUUCAGAAAACGAGGCGGAGGAUCAAGAAGAAUGCCAGUCCACGCUGCCCCCUGACCCGCAAUUGAAGGCGAUUACCGAUGAGGCGAUGAGCGCCCAGCCCCAAGGCAACACCCUCGCCUCUGUCGCAGUGCCCGUUAAGACACCCUUCCUGCUAUCUGGCACACUUCGGGAGUACCAAAUCGUCGGCUUGAGCUGGCUUGUGGCGAUCUAUGAGAAACGACUAAACGGCAUCCUGGCGGAUGAGAUGGGCCUCGGGAAGACCAUUCAGACAAUCGCGCUUCUUGCUCACUUAGCCUGCGAACUCGGCAUCUGGGGGCCUCAUCUCAUUGUGGUGCCCACAUCUGUCAUACUUAAUUGGGAAGUGGAAUUUAAGAAGUGGUGCCCUGGCUUCAAGAUCCUCACUUACUUUGGAUCUGCGAAAGAGCGGAAGGCCAAACGGAAGGGCUGGACCAAAACAAAUGCGUUUCAUGUUUGCAUAACUUCUUACCGCCUGGCGAUUCAGGAUAGUUCAGCGUUCAAGCGCAAAAAGUGGAAGUACCUUAUCCUCGAUGAAGCUCAGAACAUCAAAAAUUUCAAAUCCCAACGAUGGCAGACUCUGCUCACUUUUAACAGUCAGCGCCGCCUCCUCUUGACUGGAACGCCCCUGCAGAAUUCGCUCAUGGAACUCUGGUCUCUUAUGCACUUCCUGAUGCCAAAUAUCUUUCAGUCACAUCGAGAAUUUCAGGAAUGGUUCGCUUCUCCCCUUACAGGUAUGAUUGAGGGUAACGAUGAUUACAAUGAGCAGUUGGUGUUGCGUUUGCACAAAGUUCUCCGUCCUUUCCUGCUGCGGCGUCUAAAGGAGGAUGUUGAGCGUCAAAUGCCAAAGAAGUACGAGCACGUCAUCCUCUGCCGGCUUUCAAAACGCCAACGAUAUCUCUAUGAUGACUUCAUGUCACUAUCGACAACAAAGGAUACCCUGGCAUCUGGCCAAUUCCUCUCUGUCAUGAAUAUCCUCAUGCAAUUGCGGAAGGUCUGCAACCACCCCAAUCUCUUCGAGCCCCGACCCAUAACCUCGCCGUUCCACAUGGAGGAUGAUGAAGUUCACUUCGAGUUGCCCCGCCUCAUUGCGGAAGCCUCUCAUCCCUUCCUCGUGGCCUUCAGCUCCACUGCUUCUCCCUCCGCCUGGACGCAGCCCUGCACCCUUGACUGGCUUGACCGAGCCGGCACCGCCGCUCGGCUGCUCGGACAAACAGCUAGUCUGGCCGAAAUGGCUCGCGAUCUGCCCGGAUUUGUGGCGAGACGUGUGCACGAUCUGCAGGCCACACCUGGUCUCAUUUCGGUAGUAGAAAACUCAGAUCCAGUCGACUCGGUUUCAAGGCAGCGCAAUUUCUUCACUGGUCUUAAGAGGCGACAGAACGUCGAAGACGAGUCCCACCUUGGUCGGCGACGCCAACCUCCAGUCUUUCUUCCCCGUUCUGUCGUUUUUGAGGUCAAUGAGGAAGUCGCGAACACAAUGGGCGAUUAUUAUCCCCCCGGUACCAAAAUACCCUACCCUACUCUCCCUCGUCCUGUCCUGGAUGGGACCGCCUACAUUCCAACCCAACGACGUACGAAUCACUGGGACGCCGGGAUCCCAAAAGGCGUCCUGCGUUCUCGUCAAUUGGAACGGCAUAAUCGUCUUUCUUUUAUUUCCCGUGUGAACGAGCGCCGUUGCACCAAUCUCCUUAACUGCUCUCCCUCCUUCGACUCCACUUCAAUGCUCACCCCUGAUCUUGUCUACCUCCUCACGUCAGCCAUUAUUCGGCGUCCUGUUAGCAAGCCUUGUCGUUUUGCUACCGGAUCUUGGGUGUCCUGUCAACAAGCCCUACGCACCUGGCCCGAUAAGCGAGCUUGCAGCGGUUUCGAUGGCCCACCGAAUUACUGUCGCCACCCUGUCGAUGUGAUUGGUUGUCUGAAUGCCGUUGGACCACAGGCAACUAAAGUCGAGCAACUGCAAGCCGUCUACGGACCAGAAGCUUCAUUUGCGGUCCGGGCGGUAUCCUCGAGCACCCUUCGGCAAAUGCUCUUUAGUCCGGCGGAUUGUUUGAAUUAUUUUGCCGAUGAUUUGUCGAAAUUCCUUAUUACGACUCCAUCGGCUGUCUCCUCGGGCAUCCGCCUCCAUGUUUCCUGUCCCCGUGUGCAUCGCUGUGAGACUCAGCAGGAGGCCGUUUUCGAGUCUCUACUUCGACCGUUUCUUGAUUCUGCAGGCGUUUUCAGCCACUGCUCCAAGACCUCAAGUGUGCAUCGAAAGGCAACUGUGCCUGCGAAAACGCGUUGUCCAUGUACUAGUCUCACUUUCCGGUCUUGGUUGAUGCCAGCCCAGUUGCACCAGGUGAGCAAUAGCCAUUGCUUCCAGUUUCCUGACCCACGGCUCAUCCAAUACGACUGCGGCAAACUUCAGCGCCUCGACCUGCUCCUUCGAGAACUCUAUGCAGACGAUCAUCGUGUGCUUAUCUUCACCCAGAUGGCGCGCAUGCUGGACAUUUUGGAGCAGUUUCUCGCCUACCACGGCUACCGUUACCUUCGAUUGGACGGCACAACGAAGGUCGAACAGCGCCAGGUCCUUAUGGAGCGUUUUAAUAUGGACUCACGCAUAUUCAUCUUCAUCCUUUCAACUAGAUCAGGCGGUCUGGGCAUUAACCUAACUGGUGCCGACACCGUCAUCUUUUAUGACUCCGAUUGGAAUCCUACGAUGGAUGCGCAGGCUCAGGACAGGCAAGUUACCACCCUACUUCCACAUGCGGGUCUGACCGAAACACCUGUAGUUUGGUUUUGCCGGUGCCAUCGAAUUGGUCAGACUCGUGAUGUCCACAUCUACCGAUUAAUAAGUGAGCGCACGGUUGAAGAGAAUAUCCUCCGCAAGGCGAACCAGAAGCGCCUGCUGAGUGAUGUUGCCAUCGAGGGUGGCAAGUUCACUACGGCCUUCUUCAAGCAGAGCAUUAUCUCUGAUCUCUUUGCCGAACCAUCUGGCCUACAGGAUUUAGUGCAAGAUAAGGAAGAACGCGAGGCGGCGAAAGCAAAAAGGGCAGAAGUUGUAGAUGCCGAAAAGGUGCCGUCGAGUGUAGACUCUCCCCCUUCGCCCCCUCUCUUAACCACCCGGAGUGGGCGUCAAAUCCGGUGGAAGGGUGCCACCUCCAUUCUCCUUAACGCCAAGCAUUCUGCGUCGGUCGCGACGCCAAACCAAUCCUCCAUCACAGACUCCCAGUGGGCCGCCGCUUUGGAGGCGUGUGAAGAUGACGAGAACGACAGGGCGGCAGCCAAGCGAGCGCUAGAUGAAGCGAAGGCUGAAUUAGAGGAGUUCGAUGAAUCCAAACCGAUCGAUAGUACCGUCAACGACGAUGGGGACGCCAAAACAACUGCAGCAGAGGAUGCUGCUCCUUCUAUCGAAGGCUCGACAUCUGAUCCCUUGGCUCGAUUUGCCAAGAAACGCCAAGAACGAAUACGAAGCGAAACCCAGGACGCAGUCCUAACUGACACCUCUCCUGUGAACUUGACCCCUGAAGCAUCGGUCGAACGGGAGUUGGCAGAGUUUGAAUCUUUACUUCGACCCAUUGAACGGUUUGGGGUUAAUCACUUGGAGAGCUUCCAAGACGAUACGCUGAACCUGGAACUAGAACAGGUUGAGGCACAGAUUGAAGAAUCGAAGAAGGAGUGGAAAUUGAAAACUCUGAAGGCCCUUCAUGAAGCUGAAGAGGAGCGAGCUGAGCUUGAGGAAGACGAGAUUCUCUAUUGUGAUCCUAACUACGACCCUGAGGCGGCGCGUCUUGCUGAACUGGACGAGCUAGAGAGGGCAGAAGAGAUGGAGGAAGCCGAACGAGGUUUUAGAGGUCGACGUGGCCGUGGCGCUGGUCAUUUCCGUGGACGAGGACCUCGUGUCCGAGGUGGCGUGACUGGUGCAGGGAGAGGUUCAGUGCGACGGGUUGAUAACGAACGUCCAGUACACAGAGUCCCAUCUGAGCGCUCUAUCCGGAGUCGAGAUAGUGAUGCUAGCGGUGUGAGCUCUUCCACUACAGCCGCAGCUUCCAGCCGUUUUCGUCAUUUUCCACCCUCGUCGGAUGCCGAUGAUCUCUUCACGGACAAGGCAGCUUGGUUUCAUGCGCGCAUUCCCGAAAGCAGCGGAAGUCGUCGUCGCGCCGCUGCCCCUGUCUACGCAGAUUGGGAGGAGGAUGCCGAGGACGAACCGGAGGCCACUGAUAUUUGGUCUCCAUCUAACCGCCGGGCACUUUCUUCUGCCACUGUCGCUGGCCCUCCUUCAAAACGCGGAAGGGGGCGUGGACGAGGCGGUCGUGCUGUGGCGACACGUGGUAAACGACGUUUCACAGAACAGGGCCGAUAUGAGGUAAAGGGAGUUGGUAGGGAGGAUGACUACAUAAAACGAAGGCGAUACGUAACUCCUUCAAUGUAUGCUGGUGAAACGGAGGAUCCCACAUUCUUUUCACCACCGGCAGAAGCUUACGCUAGAAUCAAGCAACCUUCGUCAAUGAAAACAAUGCCUCAAUCUCAGAGGUCACUGGUCUUUGAGAAUGCCAAACCCUCAACCGCGCAUGCUGCGGAUAAAUAUCAGCAAUAUGAGCAACGCCAAUCCCAAUUGUACCGCCGACGUGGAGUUGGCUACUCAUCCCCAAGUCCCCAAAUCCAUUUCACCUCCUCGCCGUUCUCGGGGCCGCUUGGGGCCUCUGGACGAGGCGCCAAUCGCCAUUUGCCAGGAGCAAGAAAUCAGACCUCCUCCUCCUCCUCUUUGUCGGUUGACCGAGGCAGCAUAAGUAUGUCGCAACACAAUUCCAAAGUCCUCAGCAGCCUUAUGCAAGUAGCCGCUGAUCCCAUGAGUUCUCCAUCGAUUCCUCAACCGCCUAACUCGAUACCACAACCCUGCUAUGAGGAGGAGGUCUCGUGCAGCUAUCAGCCUAUCAACAACCAACAUGAGCCUCAAGCCAGGUUCCAGAACUCACAACGACAAUCGAACGUGGGCCCCCAACCCAAGCCACAAUCCCUUCCCAAACCGACCGUUUGUGUACCGAUGCGUUCUGCCAACAUCGCCCCGCCUCGACAGUAUCAAUCACCUCCAAAGACCGUUCCCACGGAGCUCACUGUCCCGGUCCAAACGCUCUCCAACGGUGUUCAUUCGGUACAGCCCAUUCGCCAAGUUCUUGGUACUUCUGGUCAGCCUGUGUUUGUCAUUACCAGACAAAUGAAAACCACUUCGGGGGAGGUUUUUCACCAAAGAAUAACUCAACCGGUUCAGCCACCAACUCAGUUCGUGCAAGUUGUUCGCCGGAUGUCUCAGGGCCCAAGCUCCUUUCAACCUCGAGGUUUGUUUGUCGGCACAGCGGUGCCUCCAGCUGCCCGAUUUUCUAGUCCUGCAACACCUCCUCCGCUCAUCAGGGUUGCCAAUGCGCCCACGCCGAUCUCCACUGUCUCCUCACUGACGCGCGUUACAAGCCCCUCCGCCGUUUUGCCUGUUGUCAACAGCGCAAAUCCCAACAGCGUCACGACGCUUCCCGGAAGAAGAGUUAUUCGUGUGGUUCGGUCGAGCGCGCCGAAUGCUAUCCGCAUUUUGCAGCCCAGAAUACCACCGUAG